AUGGAUUCAUUACUCAAGCAAGGAGAAGAAUUGUACAAGUCUGGUAAAAUCACCCAAGAUGAUGCCAAAGAUGCUUUCCAAGCAUUCUCAAAUGGGGGUAACUUUCAAGAAAAUGCUAAGGAGGCAUAUGCUUCCUACCAAGAGAACCACAAAGGAGACGGAAACAAGAGUGAGAAAUCUGACCUGAAGGGUGAAAAGUCUGAAUCUAAGUAA